AUGACCCCAUGUAAUUAUUGUAAUGCUCUAGGAUACUCAUUAGUUGACUUCAUGUGUAUUAAUAAUUUAUAUCAAUAUAACUGUAUAAGUAACUGUGAUGGUAAACUUUUGGACUUGGUGCUAAGUAAUUUAACAAACAUUAUAGUUCGAAAGCCUCCUGAAAUACUUAGUAAACUGGAUUCAUACCAUCCUAGUUUGUUAAUAAGUAUAGAAUACGAUCAUAUUUCUUUCCUUCGUUCUAAAAGUCGUAUCGACUACAGAUACUUUAAGGCUGAUUAUAAAACUAUUGUUCAGAAAAUUAAAAAUAUUGAUUGGUUGCAUGAAUUUUCUGUAUGCAAAGAUGUCGAUGCUAUGGUUGAAGUAUUUUAUAAUCGUCUCUUUGAAGUUAUCGAUUUAUCAGUACCUAAACGUAAGACUAUUUCAGCAAAACAUCCUAACUGGUUCAAACGUAGCUUGGUUAAAUUAUUAUCAGAGAAAGAAAAAGUUCGCAAUAAAUUUCACAAAUACAAUAACCCUAGAGAUAAUAUAGAAUUUCAAAUACUGCGCAGUCGAUGUCACAAACUCUUUGUUUCAUGCUUUAACGAUUUUAAACAUAAUGCAGAGUCUGAUAUUUCAAAAAACCCAAAACACUUUUGGAAAUACUUUAAACAUAAAAAGAAAGGUGAGUUAUCUCUACCCUCGUCCAUGAAAUUGGAUAACAAAGUUGCAAAGUCUGGAACGGAAAUAGCCAAUCUUUUUGCGAACCAUUUCUCAUCCAUUUACACCGAAACAACUAAUAUCAUGACGGCAAACUUUAAACAAAAAAGCAAUGUUACGCAAUUGAGUAAGUUGAAGAUUUCUGAAACAGAUGUCCUAAAAAUAAUUAAAACUUUAGAUACUCAAAAAGGUGCGGGUCCAGAUAGUAUCCCUCCCAUUUUUGUAAAACGUUGUGGCCCAAAAAUUGCUUUUCCAUUGACACUUAUUUUUAAUCGUUCCCUAGAAGACGGUAUGUUCCCUGAGGAAUGGAAAAAAGCACGAAUAGUUCCAGUGUUUAAAAAGGGUGAUCGCAUGGAUAUAAAUAAUUAUCGCCCUAUAUCAAUUCUUUCUUGCUUUUCCAAACUAUUUGAAAGUCUUGUAUACCCAGCUUUUGCCAAGCACCUUGAACAUUUUCUUACCAGCUCGCAGCAUGGAUUCAGAAGUGGAUUGUCAGUACAAACUAAUUUGUGCAAUUUUACUUCUGAUCUUAUAAAAGAAGUAGAUAGGGGUCUGGAGAUCGAUGUCAUAUACACGGACUUUAGCAGCGCAUUCGACAAGGUUGAUCACAAGCAACUCAUUAACAAACUUUCUCUAUAUGGUAUUGGUCCCUCCUUGAUUGAAUGGUUUAGAUCUUAUCUGGAGAAUAGAUCUCAAAUUGUUGUUGUCAAUGGUUUCGAGUCUCAAAUGUAUCGAGCUCAAUCCGGGGUGCCUCAAGGUUCGCAUCUGGGCCCUCUAUUAUUCUUGGCUUUUAUUAACGACAUCACCACAGAAAUCAAAAAUUGUCGUUGCUCGUUAUUUGCUGAUGAUUUAAAAAUUUAUAAACCAGUAAAAUCAGUAGAGGAUAUAAAGCUCAUACAGGAUGAUCUGAAUAGAAUAUCUCAUUGGUGUGAGGUCAAUAGUAUGACUCUUAAUGCUAACAAAUGCUUCCACGUAAAAUAUACCAGAAAAAAAAAACCACUUGUCUCUAGUUACUCAAUUGGUAAUGUAGUUUUGCAAGAGUUACCGGAAAUUAAAGACUUAGGAGUAACUAUUGACAGGAAGCUAACCUUUAAAUCUCAUAUAAACAUUAUUGUUAAUAAAGCCGCGAAUUUCUUAGGAUUUAUUAAACGCAAUACAAAAGGGUUUUCUUCUAGGACUAAAAUUAUUUUAUUUAUUUAUUUAUUUAUUUAUUUAUUUACUGGAAAACUAACAGCUUAA